AAUUUAAUUUAGAAAGAAAUUUUAUUGUCUGCUCAUUUGGUAACUUACACACAGCUAACCUGAGAUACCAGACCAAAACCCACCUUCAAGACAUGUGAAAUUGCUGCACACAUACCUAACAUUUUAGGAUACGAUGAUUAAAUCUUUUACCUACUAAAACUUAAAUCUUUUGUUGCGGUUAUAUAUAUAUAUAUAUAUAUAUAUGCACUGUUGAGUUUUUACACUAUUUGACUGGUUUCUCCAACUCCAAGAUUCAUAGCCAUGGAAGAGUUGGAUUCAGCCUUCGUCCAAGACAUAGAACAUAGGCCCAACCUCAAAUCCACUGAACCUGUUGAUGAUGGAAUACCUACCAUUGAUCUCUCAGCUUUGACCCUUGCUGACACCCAAAAACUUGCCUCGGAGAUUGGCCUUGCAUGCCAAGAAUGGGGAUUUUUCCAAAUAAUCAAUCAUGGAGUACCUUUGGAAUUGCAGAGGAAAGUCGAGAAGGUGGCUAGGGAAUUCUUUGAGCUACCAUCCGAGGAGAAAAGGAAGGUGAAAAGGAGCGAGGAGAACCGCUUGGGUUUCUAUGACAGCGAGCACACUACAAAUGUCAGAGAUUGGAAGCAACUUUUUGACUUCUUGGUUGAAGACAGGACUGUGAUCCCAGCUUCACCUGAGCCUGAUGAUAAGGAGUUGAUGACAAUAACUAAUCAGUGGCCUCUGUACCCUCCCGAAUUGAGAGAGGUGUUCCAGGAGUAUGCUAAAGAAAUGAAAAAGCUGACUUUCAAGUUAUUGGAACUCAUUACGCUAAGCUUAGGCUUGCCAGAAAACAGGCUCAGCGGCUACUUCAAUGGCCAAACCAGCUUCGUCAGAAUCAAUUACUAUCCUCCAUGCCCUUUUCCUCACCUAGCUCUAGGUGCUACUCGCCACAAGGAUACUGGAGUCUUAACCAUCCUUGCCCAAGAUGAGGUUGGAGGAUUGCAAGCUAAGCGAAAAUCAGAUGGAGAAUGGAUCCCAGUUAAACCCACCCCAAAUGCCUAUGUCGUCAAUGUCGGUGAUGUUUUACAGGUUUGGAGCAAUGAAAAAUAUCAAAGUGUGGAGCACAGGGUGGUGGUGAAUACUGUGAAGGAAAGGAUGUCCAUUCCAUUCUUCUUCCAACCAGGUCCUCAUGUUAUGGUGAAGCCCGUAGAGGAGCUCUUGAAUGGAGAAAAUCGUCCCAAGUACAAGGAAUACAACUGGGGCAAGUUCUUUGUCACCAGAAGCCGCAGUGACUUCAAGAAAUGUGAAGUGGAGAACAUCCAAAUUCAACAUUUUAGACUGUGAAUCAAGAGAAAUAAGGGUAGAGAUAAGUUUGUUCACCAGACAAACAAUAAUGAAUUAAUAAAAAGUAUGGUUUAUAAACAACCAGACAAACAAUAAUGAAUUAAUAAAAAGUAUGGUUUAUAAACAACCAUACAAACAAUAAUGAAUUAAUAAAAAGUAUGGUUUAUAAACAA